CUUGAGAAAUAUUGCAUGAGCAUAUAGUAUAUUUAAAUUAGCAUAGUAACAUAGAGGUUAUGUAUAUACCGAAUUAAAAUAUUCGUGAUCGCAUUUGUAUUAAAUAAAAGAUUAAUGAAUAGACAAAAUUUAAAAUGAAAUUGUAUUGCUUAUCAAGUGAACCAACAAAACCAUGUUUGGUAUUAAGUUUCAAAGGAAUUACAUUAAUGUUAGAUUGUGGUUUAAAUAUGCAGUCUAUAUUACAUUUUAUGCCAAUGCCUAUGGUUCCUAGUAUUAAAUUUAAUUCUUUGCCUUUGUGGCUUCCACGUGAUAAUCAUCAAGAUUGGCAAAUAGAAGGGGAAUUAAAAGAAUGUUGUGGUAGAGUAUUUGUAGAUUCAACACCUGAAUUUUCUCCACCUUUAGAAAAAAUAAUAGACUUUUCAGAAAUUGAUGCCAUUUUAAUAUCAAAUUACACUUGUAUGUUGGCUCUACCAUUUAUAACAGAAGAUACUGGCUUCAAAGGUAUUAUUUAUGCUACAGAACCAACAUUACAAAUUGGACGAUUUUUUAUGGAAGAAUUAGUAGAAUUUAUUGAACAAACUCCUAAAGCUAUAUUAGCUAAACAUUGGAAGGAAAUGCUACAUGUAUUACCUUCUCCUUUAGCUGAUGCUCUUAAACCAAAAUCUUGGAAACACAUAUAUUCAAUGUCAGCAGUUAAUACUGCUUUAUCUUAUAUUCAAACAGUUGGAUAUGAUCAAAAAUUGGACAUAUAUGGUGCAUUAACAGUUACUCCUAUAAGUUCUGGGUAUUGCUUGGGUAGCAGUAAUUGGUUAAUUUCAUGUGACCAUGAAAAGGUUGCAUUUGUAAGUGGAUCUUCAACAUUGACAACACAUCCACGUCCUAUGGAACAAGCUACUUUAAAACAUGCUAAUAUGUUAAUAUUAACAGGUUUAACUCAAACACCUACUGCCAAUCCAGAUACUAUGCUUGGAGAACUCUGCAUGACUGUUGCAAUGACACUCAGAACUGGAGGAUGUGUUCUAAUACCAUGUUAUCCAUCUGGAGUUGUAUAUGAUUUAUUUGAAUGUCUCAGUACUCAUUUGGAUAAAUCUGGUUUUGCACAAGUUCCAUUAUUUUUUAUAUCGCCAGUAGCUGAAACUUCUUUAGCAUAUUCAAAUAUUUUAGCUGAAUGGUUAUCAACAAAUAAACAAAAUAAAGUUUAUCUUCCCGAAGAACCAUUUCCACAUGCUUUUCUUGUUAAAAAUGCCAGAUUAAAACAUUUUACAUCUACAUAUGCUGAAGGUUUUAGUUCUGAUUAUAGACAACCUUGUGUUGUUUUCUGUGGACAUCCCAGUCUUAGAUUUGGAGAUGCAGUUCAUUUUGUUCAAUUAUGGGGCAAUAAUCCACAACAUACUAUAAUUUUUACAGAACCAGAUUUUCCAUAUUUAGAUGCUUUAGCACCAUUUCAACCAUUAGCUAUGAAAGCAGUGCAUUGUCCAAUUGAUACAUCUCUUAAUUUUACUCAAGCUAAUAAAUUAAUUAGAGAUUUAAAGCCAGAACAUUUAGUUAUACCUGAAUGUUAUACACAACCACCAAUAACUGCACCACAUAGAACAGAUCUUGUCAUAGAACCUGUAGGAGAAAAACCUUUAAUUACUUUUAAACGAGGUGAAGUUAUAAAAUUGCCUUUAAAAAGAAAAAAGGGACGAGUAUUUAUUGAACCAGAACUAGCAGGAAAUAUAAUUCCUAAUGAAAUUCGACCUGGUUUAAGUCUUGCUUCUGUUACUGGUGAAUUGGAAGUUAAAGAUAAUGUAUAUACAAUAAAAAGUAUUGAAGAUAGACCUAGUGGAAAACGUAAAGCACCUUCUGGUUCACCUGCACCAAUCAAAGAAGAAGUUCUUAAAGAAAGAAAACAUGAAUAUGGUAAUCUGGAUCCACAAGAACUAUUACAGAAGCUUAAUCAAGAAGGCAUUCAAGGAGCCAAAUUACAACAUAGUCCAACUGCUACCAGUAUUCAUUUACAAGAUGAAGAUACCUUGAUUCAAAUUGGAGAUAAUUCAACACAUAUUUUUUGUAAUGGUGAUCAAAAAAUUAGAAGACGAUUAAGAACUAUUAUUAUGCAAUGUCUUAAAAGAUUUUAAAAAAUUUUUUAAAAUAAAUAAUAUUAUAUUAUAAUUA